AUGCCGUCUUCGUUGGCCUGGCAGGGAGCCAUUCUCUCCUCCUCGGGUCCGGCGUUUACCCUUGUUCCCGUCCCGUCCAGUCCAGUGAUGAAAAGCCCGGAGCCGGCUUCCUACGCUUCCCGGACCCCUAGCUCCGGCCCCCACUACAACGCCUCCAGCUUCCCUCCUUAUUCUCCCACCUCCGCCUCAACCGCCAAGAAGCGCAACCAGGCGGCUGAGGCCUUGAGAUCGAUCGCCGGCCUCUUCGCUUCUUGCUUCACCCCUCCACAGCUUGACGCCUCUAGCAACUUGGAUCCCUCCAAUUCUCGUUCUGUUUCCUCCGACUCGGGACCGGGUCGGAUUCUCUCCCGAGCAGCUCCAUCGCGGUCUUCGCCGUCGCACCUACAUUUUCACCCUCCGGUUGGAGAAGAUUCAUACUCCAAUCACGCCGACGCCAUUGGAGAAGAUUCGUACUCCAAUCUACACAGGAGGUCAAUAUGA